UGAACAGCGUUACUUCUGAUCUGAUACGGAUAAUUGUAACAUACAUAUGAAAAGUUGGUGAUUGAGUGCAAAAGAGUAAGCAGUGGUUUCGCUCUAAGAGAAAAAGAAGACAUUGACAACAAUGAAUGAACUUAUCCACAAUAACUCGCAAGGUAACGUUAGCGCCCCAUGUUCGAGGACUCCAUCCCCAGGAAGUUCCUCAAGCAAUUGCUCGGGCAUCAAUCAAGGCCUCGACGUUCCAGUAAUGCGUAAAAAUAACUUCUUCAUGGAAGCCCUCAUUAAACCCGACAAUGAUGAAACCCGCAAGAUGAGAAAGGUGGCCAGUGCUUUUUGGGAACGGAACCUUGAGCAUGCCAUUCCGUUCUCCGACACCCAAGUUCAGCCCAACCCGUUCAUGUUCCGGCCACAUCCAUACUUUCCAAGGCCCAAGACUACAGGUUUGUUCUCCAACCUCGACUUGGCCAUGAUGGAACAGGCCAAGAUCCUGCAAGAAAUGGCCAACCGGAAAGAGGUUCUGUUGAAUGCCUUGGCCUCGAAAAGAGAGCCUGAAAAACCAUCGGAACCUUCCAAAACACCUUUGUGGGCUCUGCUUCACUUGAAGGAACAGGAGCAAAAGCGUUGGGUUGCUUUCCAAAAGGAGCACGAGAUCCAACCCAUCAAGUCCAAAGGCGAGAAGGGGAAGGAUCUGGAGAAGACCAUCAAGACCAAGAUAGUGCUUCAAAAGGCCGGCCGAGGCGAGGUCCUCACCAAAGACGAGACCGAGCUGUACAACCGCCAUCACAACAACCUCUCGGCUCAGUUGUCCCGGAGCAAGAAGCAUUUGAGAGAGAAGGAAAUUGAACGACGCCAAAAGUUCCUGGAAGCUGAGAAGACCAGAUUGCAGAAUGUGUGCGCUCAAGUGGCUCAAUUCGCACUCUCAAUAACCGAUGGUCGAUCAGAGGAGAUCUUUCAUAUUCUGGACUCUGAAGCGGAUGAGUGAUCGCCGCCCGAUGCAAGUUCAAUGACCGCUCACCCUGUGAUACGCACAUAAGAAUAAGAAAACGAAGCAACCUCCAGACUCGCUCAUUCAGGUUAUUUGUUUUGUAUAAAUAAAGGAUCGUGUGCAAUGUGCCAAGUUAUGAACGAGUAUUGAUGAUAUGAAUAUAGAGUA